AUGGACUCUGCCAUUUCAGCCAUUUCCACAAAGUCACAGUCGCACAGAGGCGCAGCUGGCAGUCAGUCUGAUCCCACAGACAUUGAGGGAUUGAUCAAGACUGCAGGCAGCCCGGAGGCGGUAAUCCAGUACCUGUUGAAAGAGAAGAACUCGCAAUCGCAACAGAACGCGCAACUAUGGCGCUUAGUCGACAAGCAGAGGGCCAUGAUUUUGGGUCUAAACAAAGAUUUGGAACGGGCCUUGAAGGACAAGGAGAAGUACCGAAAGAAAUUGAAAGAAGUCAUGUCAAUACCGGAAUUCACAGGGGCCGACGGAUCGAAGACUAGCAGCAAGGUCCUCAAGAUGCCCGUUAGCAGAGGGAUACCGACAGUCGACGUCAGCGCUCCAAAGGAGCGACAGGUCGUUGCACCGGACUCGCCAACUCUAGACUCCGACAGUCAGAAACACUCGCCCGUGGAUAUGGCCAUGGCCCCCUACCCGAUCACGCCUCCCGCAGACCAGCCCAACGGCCCUCCAUCAGCUGUUGGUGCUUUACUAGACCCGUCCCACGAGAUGCCUAAAGCACAUGAGCACGCUUAUGAUCAAUUCGACCAUGACGCCGAGGAACAAGCCGCGGAAGCGGCACGCAGGGAGCAUGAGGACGAUCAAAUCAUGGAUCUUCCCCUGAACUUUGGCCUUCCAUCAUCCCGAAGCCUACCGAGCCAGCCGCCAAGCAUGCCUCCGCCUAAGCCUCCAGGAGUAACAGAGCCAGCAUCCGCAGCCAGCGAAGGCAUUUCACAGUUCCCUGCCCCACCGCCACGGAAGCCUCCCCCGGCUCCUUUGCAGCUCCAGAGCCAGUCUCAACUAGGCGCUGAAGACGAUGAUUCUGACUCCGAUUUCGACGACAUUCUAGAGGUGGACGAAAUACUCACUGAACAACGCGGUCGCCGUAGAACACGCGAAGAAGAUGACCAGGACCGGGAGAUCUUGGCCAUUCAAGAGGCGGAGAGAAGAAGCUUAUCCAAGAAGAGCACAACACACAGUCAGACUAACUCACCGACUGAGGCCAUUCCCGAGGCCCCAACGGGUUUGCCACCAAGCCCGCCGAAGAGGAUGCAGCGUGAGAACAUCCCAGCUUCUCUGGGAUCAGUUCUUAGUGCAACUACUCUCGACGCUCCCUUGCUGAGCCCUGGGCUACCAUCAAGUCCGCGUCCGAUGGGCGGCCCGUCAUCUGAUAGCCCUGCACCCAGUGUUUCGUCGUUCCCCGCCGCACCUCUGUCGCCACGGCCACCUCGUCAGCCGAUCCCACUCCCACCCGGCCACUCCCUUCAAACACCAGCCGGCCCAGAGCCUAUGGUUCUCAAGAGCCCUCAGCCUCUGAAUAUUGUCAAGAAGGGAUGGGAUUCAGCCAGCGAGAAGAGCCGUAGCAGUCCGACCGAACGUGGUCGCAUCUUCAAGGGGUUCACCACCGAGGAAUACCCCGAUCUACUCCUGCCGCCAAACGUCUUGCCAACAAUCAAGGUGAAGGUUGCGUCCUCGCGCAUGAAACCGUCCCGAGCAAGUUUGAUGUCUUUGACACAACUGGAAGAGGAUCCGGUGUUUACGCUGGCCAUUUUCUCGCGUUCCGAACCGGGCGAGCUUUGGCGGGUUGAGAAGGAUUCUGCUUCGCUCGCAAAGCUCGACCAAAGGUUGAAACAAUGCCCGGCCUUCACCGCAAAGACACCAGAGAGGUCACUCUUUAGUGGCCAUGCGCCUGCUAAGCUCGACGCGCGGCGAAUUGCUCUCAAUCACUACCUGGAAGAGCUUCUGGAGACUCCUCUGGAUACUGCUAGUGCUCUUGAGCUCUGUAAAUAUCUGUCGACCCAAACACUGCCACCAAACGCAGAUGACGCCGGCUCGAUGGAGAGCAUGGCGGAAGCUAAAGUCAAGACUGGUCCUGGCGGCCGCCCUUUCAGGACUGGAUAUCUCACCAAGAGAGGCAAGAACUUUGGUGGCUGGAAAGCCCGCUUCUUUGUCCUUGAUGGGCCGCAUCUGAAGUACUAUGAAACACCUGGGGGCGCCCACUUGGGCACCAUCAAGCUUCCUAGCUCUCAGAUCGGCAAACAGUCUCAGAGCAACGAAAACCAGUCACCGCAACCGUCUGCCAACUCGGAUGACAUGGACAACCAGUACCGUCAUGCAUUCUUGAUUCUCGAGCCAAAGAAGAAGGACUCGACCAGCCACGUGAAGCACGUUCUCUGUGCCGAGAAUGAUAGGGAAAGAGACCAGUGGGUUGACGCUUUACUCAGAUGGAUUGAUUAUAAAGAUCCGGAAGAAGAUGAAGCCCAUGCCGCGAAGCAGCAGACUCAAGAUCGCCAACAUGCUAGCGCAGCUGAGCGUGCCGAAAAGAAGAAGCAGCGAUACAAGAAGACCGCUUCACAGCACCAUCAUCAGCCUACCGAAUCCGACAGCCUCAUAGGCGUCAGGUACGACGCGACCUCUCAAGGCGACCUUCCCCACCAUGGCGGACCUGCGCGUCCCAGAAAUCCUGGACACAUGGCAGAGAUCAGCCAUUCUGUUGAACCCAUGGGAAUGUCUUCGCAGCCAUCCAUGAUGAUCUCCGCUCCACGGGAUAUGCAAGUCAUUGCCGACUCUGCGCAAUGGGGAAAUAGACCAGGACUUGGCGUUCCCGUCAACGAGGAGAAGAAGCUGAAGAAGCGAAGCUUUUUCGGGUUUGGCCCCAAGACGAGAUCGUCAUCCGACGGCCAAGAUUCUCUAUUUGGUGGAAGCGAAGGCGGUUCGUCAACACCUCCCCAGGGCGGAUACCAGGGACCAAUUCGCCAAGCUUUCGGGGCUCCUUUGGCCGAAGCUGUUCGUUACAACCACCCUGUCGAUGUAAACGUGCCCCUCCCCGCCGUUGUGUAUCGAUGCAUUCAAUACUUGGACGCCAAGAACGCAAUUCUAGAGGAAGGCAUUUUCCGCCUGAGCGGCUCAAACGUCGUUAUCAAGCAGCUACGCGAGCGCUUCAACACCGAGGGCGAUGUCAAUCUAGUGACCGAUGAGACUUACUACGACAUUCAUGCUGUGGCGUCGCUAUUGAAGUUGUAUCUCCGUGAACUUCCGACAACAAUACUCACUCGGGACCUCCACCUCGAGUUCCUGUCUGUCACGGAGAUGACAGACCAAAGAGACAAAAUUGCCGCUGUGUCCGAACUGGUCCAGAGGCUGCCCCAAGCAAAUGCCACUCUACUCAAGUAUCUGAUUGCGUUCUUGAUCAAGAUUAUCAACAACGCAGACAUGAACAAGAUGACGGUCCGCAACGUGGGCAUCGUGUUUUCUCCAACUCUGAACAUCCCAGCACCGGUAUUCGCGCUGCUGUUGCAAAACUACUUUGGCAUCUUCGGCUUGGAACCUGAGCAGUAUGAGCUGCCGUCUUCAUUCGCCGAAGGAGAGACGGGCCGAGAGAGAUCAGGCUCCCUGCCAUCGAUGAACAAUGGACUUCCGAAUCGCCCUUCCUACGACCCUUCCCAACAUGCGCGUCCUUCUACAUCAGCGGGGUCCAGUCAGUCACCGCAUCGCCAGAGACUGAUGGAUGCCAUGACUGGCCAGCAACGCACCGGCAACACCCCCCCUCCUCUGCUCCAAGACCUACAGAGUGCUCGGCAGUCUCCCACACCACCACCAAACUACCCCAUCGGCCGUGGUACAACAUAUGAGCCUCAGUACAUGCCAUCUGGAUAUCAGAACAACAACUACCAGCAAAUGGCUCGUGGCUACGACAACGGUUCCUCAGGAUACGACCAACACAAGAGACGCGAGAGUGCCAUCUUUAUGGGCAACAUGGUCGGUCUCAACCCACAAAGUUCCAAGAGUCGAUUGCGAGAAGAGACCCAGUUCUGA